UCUUUGACAGAGAAACAAUGGUCAUGGCCGGAGUUUGUGGAGUCAGUGUCCUUAUCGUGAAGCUUAUCCAGGGGUUGUGGCUUCGCAGCGCACGGGUCAGUGUUGACAGGUUGUCUCAGGGGAGCUCAACAUGCACACUGCGCUGCUUAUUCUAUUUCAACAGCUAACUUUUUUAAAUGUAUUUCUAAUCGGCGGCGUGGUCGGGUCAUUUAACCUCGACGAGCAAAAAAACUGGUCGUUAAAAUCCUCCGGAGGGAGCGUUCGUAUUGGCUACUGGAGCUCAACCGCCAUGGCGGACGUGUUACGUCACAGCACGAGAGCACUGUGUGUGUGUGUGUGUGUGUGUGUGUGUGUGUGUGUGUGUGUCGAGGGGCAAAGAGGAGUGUGACCGUGUGCUCCGGAGAGGGUGAGACACGGAGAUGUGAUCGCCAAGGUAAAAGAAGAAAAAAGGUAACAGAGAAAGUCUCAGGUGUUGUUGCUCUCGGCGCAGGGAUAACGCGACGGAAAACAUUUCCACGCAAACUUGCGGAGAGUUGUCCUCACGGGUUUCGCGGGAACAAGCGAGGACAGAACCCACCGCACACUUCCGCGGGAUGGUGCCGUGCCGCGCCUCGCGCGCCGGCGGAGGGGGGUGAUGCUGUGCAUGCGCCUGUGACUCCGCUGCGCGCACGCGCCCGGGUCGCUCGACGCGAGCACACGAGCGUGGCUCUCGGCCUCCAUUUGCCAGUUCGCGUUCGAUGGAUUCGACGAGGCGCUCCUCGACUGCGACGCGCAACAGUUGGAGUUUCGCCGGGAACGUUGUUACUGCGUCGCGGCCGCGGGCCACGAGGCUUCCACCGGUCGGCGCGAGGUGAGGCGUCAGUGGAACCUGCAACUUUUUCCAACUUGGUGAGCGGUGGAGCGGAGGCGGCCUUCCCUCCCUCCCCGCGGCGUGUGAGGAGGAGGAGGAGACGCUGCCGAGCAACUUCAGUUGUCAGCGCGGCUUCAUGUCUUGGAAGGAAAACUGGUUCCAGGGAGAGUAGCCGGGGGGUUGUGUCGUAAAUGUGCCGGUAGUCGUUCGCUCGGCCGGCUAACACCUUCAACUACAGCGGCCGUGUGUCGGUGUGACCGUGUGGUCAGUGCACGAACAGACGAGGAAGCAGGUUCCCUCUGUAGCUCUGUCCCCUGUCGUCGACGGACAGGACCUAACGUGGCGCUGCAAACUGAGGUGGACACGAUGCCCUCUGUCAAACGAGAUGGAAGAACUGCUGCCAUUGGAUAAGCCCGCUCCAGACUCUGAACUCGCACCCAUGGAGGACCCCCAUGUAGUGGAGGAUGAGAAGGGGAGCCCGACUGACGCUCCUCCUCCUACCGUCCCUGUUUCAACGCCUCAUUUUCCUCCCACUAUGGCUAAUUUCACUGAUGAGACUGUGAUUGAGAACAGAGCCAUCUCCAUGGCGAGCAAUGACUGCAGCUCCGCGCUCUCGUCCCCCGCUGAAGCCAGCCCAGCCAAGCCGGCUGCAUCGUCCCCUCAUAACUGUGAAGGGGCUGUUGAAACAAGUCCAGCUACCUCAUACAUAGCGUCUGCGUCAGACUCUUUAAACUGCACGGGGACGAGCCUCGUCAGCAUUGCCGAACCGCCACCACUGCUGUCCGAGGUGCCGUCGACCACGUUUGGCAGUCUGCACUUGGAAAGUGAUUAUUCCAACACGCUGACCUUCAAAGGCGUCACUGUCACUUUGGAGAAUAACAAAGUGUGGAGGCAGUUCCAUGGCUGUGGAACGGAGAUGAUUCUCACUAAACCGGGGCGCCGCAUGUUCCCUUACUGCCGAUUUCGCCUCGCGGGCUUAGAUCCUGAGUGCCAGUACAGUCUGGUCCUGUCCAUAGUUCCAUCUGACCAGUACAAAUACCGCUGGAACAGAUCCCAGUGGGAGAUCAGCGGACCGGCGGAAAACCAGGCCCAGGGUCUGAUCCGAGCCUUCGCCCACCACUUCUCAACCUGCAAAGGCUCCGACUGGAUGGGCAGCUUGGUGUCUUUCUACAAGCUCAAACUGACCAAUAACUCUCAGGACCAGGACAACCACAUAAUCCUACACUCCAUGCAUCGCUACAUUCCCCGGCUGCACGUGAUCCCUGUCCCAGAAGACGUUGUGACCACACCUGACCAGCCUGUGGUUAUGGGGCCGGAGAGCAUGACCUUCACUUUUCCACAAACGGAAUUUAUGGCUGUGACGACUUACCAGAAUUUUCGGAUUACCCAGCUGAAAAUUAACUACAACCCGUUUGCAAAAGGCUUCAGGGAGAACGGGAACAACCCCCGCCUCAACAGGGUUGCCACAGACGCUCAAACCGUGGUGAGGUUAGACACGCGGGCUGACGUUUCAGAACAAAGUGAAAGCAAAGAGGCGGCUGUGGAUCUAAGCACAAAGAACCACUGCGUCACGACUCCCAUCCCAAAUGUGCAAGAGACCAGGCUUGUCCUGAAGCCCAUAAUGUCGGCACCUUCAAAUAAGGAUGUACCGUACGUCCCCUGUAUCAGAGGCAAACACGCCCUUGGUGAGCUAGUUCUUGUGGAAGAGAACCUCAACGUCGGGGUAAACUCAAAGUUGCGGCCAGGCCCCAAAGUAGCUCCUGCUCCCUCGACGUCGACCCUGGGGUCAUCGCCGAGGACCCGCAAGAGAAGGAAGAAGAUGAGCAGGCGUUGGGCGAAUUACCGGCAAAGAGAGUGGAAAUCUGCUGCUGCUGCCGCCCCUCCCCCGGUCGUCCACAGCCCAUCGCUGACUGCCGCUUUGCAACCAGAGCUGGAUGAUGUAGAGGGCCUGCUGUUUGUGUCAUUCACCUCAAAGGAUGCUCUUGAGGUUCACAUCAGGAACAUGCCAGCAAACGGCACAGCAUCAGCAUCUCCAGUUUCCCUGACGACUCCAAACAAACUGAAGCAAACAGUGGAGGUGAUCCCGGAGACCGACGGGGAGAAGAUUGCCCGCAUGGAGUCUGUCCUGCUGCAGGACCUCAGAGUUGUCAAACACAGACAGGUCAUCCACCCUGUGCUGCGGGAGGUCGGGUUGAAGUUGAGCUCCCUGGACCCCACCAAGUCCAUUGACCUGCAGUAUCUCGGGGUUCAUCUGCCGCUACCUCCAGCUCCAGCAAACCUACCAGAACACGUCAACUCCAAGGCUCUUGGUGAUAAUGGAUUACCCUUCAUCUCCCGCACAGGGAAGACAUGUGACAUGACAAAAAUCAAAGGCUGGAGAAACAAGUUCAUUAAAAGAAAAGAACCGGCUCCUAACUGUGAUGGAUUACAAAAGAACCUAUCUGCCUUCUGCAGCGACAUGUUGGACGAGUACUUGGAAAGCGAAGCCCAGCAAAUCAGCGAACGGGCCGCUGCCUUCUCCGCCAGCCCGGAGGGCUCCGUGGCAUAUCAGCUUCCCGCUAAAGGCUCCAGCUAUGUGAAGACCCUGGACAGUGUACUCAAGCAUCGAACCGCCGCUUCCAACAGACCCUGUCCCCUCUCCCACAAACCCCAUCUCUACUCUGCCCUGACGUCACAGGCUCCUCCUCUGCCCCGCCCUGCUACACCUGUUCAGGCCGAAGCUCCGUCCACGCCGCGGUCGUCAUCUUCACAUACACAGCCCGGAGCCUCGCCCACGGGUGAUGCUAAGGAUGCUGCUGGGUCUACUCACACUAGUGCCGUUUCACAGAGACCAACAGUGAGCCCCGGGCAGAACCAAGCAAUGGCACACAGACCUCCAGGCCUCACCAAGUUCGAGCUCAAGCUGUGGCAGAUGGAGCUCGGGCCCCUGAACCAGGGUCUGAGCAGAACGCAGCUGACUGCAGACAGGCUGUCAGUGGCUCUGUCUGUGAUGUUGACAAAACAGAUGCUGUACAGCCAUGGCUUUAAAGUACCCUCACAUCCAAAGUAUGACGAUGGGCGACCUGAAUGUGCUCAGGAGUUCUGCAGACUGGGCUGCGUGUGUUCCAGCCUCCAGCAUGUGAACAGGGGUCCUCUCCACUGUCGGCGGCCUGGCUGCAUGUUUGGCUGCGACUGCUUCAAGCGCAAGAUCACCAUGCAGCUUUCUGCCGGGGAGAGCGAACAACAGAUCCAACCUCUUUACUCCAUGACUAAUAAGGAACAUGCGGUCCAACCUCGCCCAAGCACCCACACUAAUAAACUGUGGAACCGCAACACUCACGAUGUGGAUCCAGAGCCGCUGUUCGCCCCCAAAACUCCUCAAUAUUCGGCAAAGACUCUGAAACGCAGCAGCGCAACUCGUCCAGUGCAGCCGAUAAACGAGGAAGACAAAGAUCCCGUGUAUAAAUAUUUGGAGAGCAUGAUGACAUGUGCACGUGUUCGAGAAUUCAACAGCAAGCUUCGUCCAGAAGUUGUAGAGCAAAAGAUCCUCGACGUGUCUGCAGCAAACGCCACGACAAAACUGCCAAAGAGGACAGCUGACAACCCGCCAAGACACUGCCCAAGGUCUAAAAAGACUCUUAAGACAGCAGCAGAGAAGACCAGUCAGGAAACAACAGCCAGUGAAGCCGAUGCAAAGAAGCAAAUACAGAUCCAGUCAGCGUGCCAGUGGGACACAGACCACAAAAUGGUCCUGGAAGCUUUAUGUCAACGCAUGAACCAGAACAGGUUGUCUCGGCGUUUCCGCGUAGGACCUUACCUCAUCUGCCCCGUCGCCAAGAUCUUCAUGAAGAAGCCCAGUGGCUCGCUCGUCACCUACAGGGUGAACAUAAGUAAACCAUCAACGGUCAGUGAAGAAGAGGAGGAGGAAUUUGAUGACAGUGAUGAGGAAAAGCUUUCCAAUAAAAGCUUUGGUGAGGAGGACGAUGGUCAAGCUGAAGGGUUAGAGAUGCGGGUGGGCGUCACGCCCUUCCUAAGUGGAGUUUUACCUGCUGGCAGACUGGUAGCCAGAACCAAGCCUGUUGGCUGCCAGGCAUAUGGACUUAUACAGGUAAAUGGAAAAGCCUACAAUCAGGCCCGACUGUUGCUGGGAAGCAUAGGAUCUCUACACCCUGCCAACCGCCUCGCAGCCUAUGUCACGGGCCGCCUGCGUGCUCCCGCUGACAUUUUUCACAAACACUCCAAGAAGCCUGACUCUUCACCAAAAAACAACACUCCUGGUACUCUGCAUGUGAAAUCUGCAAACGCAGCAGUCCCUCAAAUGAUCACUGCGAGGAGGACCACUGAUCUGGAGAUGGCAACGCAGCCACCAGUUAAGCUCCGGCUUGACUCCUGCAGAACAGGAUCCAUCGCCUUUCCACAGCCUCAAAUCUCCUCCAGCUUCAAGGCCGUCCAGUCGUUCAUCUCGAGCCAACUCAGCUCAGGCCGACCCUUCCUGAGCAGCUCCACGUCCUCGCCUGUGUCCCUCACCGUCUCCCCCGCGCUGAAAACCCCCAACUUCCUCGGACAGAGAGGGACCUAUUCAUUCAGGAUUUGCCCUCCAGCCGGCCAGAGCACCAGAGGCCAGAACCCACCAGGCAUUACCUUGCCUGGGGGCUUCACCCUCAUUGAACUCCCAAAGCCUGGGGCUAGUUCAACCACACAACGAUCAGAAACUGUAAACACUACAAACGUGGCUGGUGUGGAUAAAUCCCUGCCACACAAAGAUGCUUUGUUUAAUUUUGGUUUAGAUGCAAAUUGGCUUGGCUUGGACACUCUUAAUGCAGGUAAAGCCCUUUCGAGCACAUCAUUGGAGCCUGGCUCCUCAUCUAAGAUGGUACAUGGUGAGAAGAUGCCUUUAGGUCAGAGUGAUGAAGCCAACAGCAAAAAGGUGCUUGAUUUCCUAUCAGAGGGCCUAAGCUCCGAAGACUCGGACUACUGUGUAGAGGGAGACGAAGAUGAAGAGCCAUUGGACGUCGAGACCGUAGAGGAAGCAGAACAAGAAAUGGCCGUCGCAAAUUUGAAGCAGGCCCCUGUCAAUGGAUCACAGGAGUCACAGGAUCAAAUGUUCCAUGAACUGACGAGCAACAACAGGAGGCGAGAGAACCACACGGCGCUGGAAAGGCAGAGACGCUCUGACCAGCGGCACCUCUUUGACAAACUCCAGAAGGUCCUUCAGAGCGACCCCAAGGCCCCCAGGCUCCACCACCUCGCACUGGCUCAAAAGGAAAUCAGACACCUGACGGAGACCUCCAAAUUUCUCAUGGAUAAGAAGAAGAUGUUGACUCAGAUUCAUGCUGACUAUGUGAAGAAGCUUUCUCUUCUGUCUGGAAAGCCUGUGAUGUUGAUUAAAAGCAAGCUGAUGGAUAUCUGCCAGAGGCAAAAAAUAAGAGAGAAGACGAUGGAAUUCAAGCCUUUCUUUUCAAAGUUGCUCCAGUCCAGAGCCGCUCUUCUGCAAGACACCACUUCCCAGUCCAACUUUCAGCAAAUGCCACUGUUGCAGUCUAACUUCUUCGCGGCUCUAUCUCAGGCCAAACCACACGCAGCUGCAGCCCAGAAGAAUGUGCACCAAACGACUGCCGUGCUUCAGCCGAAGCCACAGAGGGCCCAAUCCAGUGUGCACACACCCAAGCCCCUGUCCGCACCACGGCAUCAUAUUAAGGCCGCGUCCUCCCCGGCGGCGGCGAAAGCCACCGCAGCCCCAGCGCAGGUAGAGAAUCAGGUCAGUCACCAGCAGUCGAAGCUCGAGGACCAGCAGGAGGCACCUGGAGCUCCAGCCCAGGGCAUGGGGCCCAAAUCCCAGACUCGGGUCCCAUCGGGUCCAGCUUCACUUCAGGUCACUGCAGCGCAGGAUGGAGACUCACCUGUAUUUUCAACACCCAAACCCCAAAACCCCUUCACUCAGCCCUCACAGUCCUUUUCUAUUCCUCUGAUCCGCUCCAAGACCGGCAGACUCAUACUUCCCUCCUCUAUGAAACCAACUGGUAAACCAGGCUUCUUCACGCUCAUGCUGAUGAAGGCCAAGCAGAAGGAAGGAGAGAGUGCGAUUAGCAGCUCAGCUAAUACACAGCCUCCUGAUGAGGACUCCAAGAACCAGGACAAGAGCUGUUCUUCAUCCAAUCACCUUUCGGGCUCAGCAAGCAGCCGUAUUUUGGAGCAGGACAAAACUACAUCUUCACAUUCUGAUCCAAAGCGUUCACCUUUAACAACUCCCCUGACUCAGCUCGCCAUCCUUAACAAAUCAAUCCAUGUGCCUGCGGCAGCCGCGCCAGCUGCGGACAACAAACAGGAUGGAGCCACGGUGCCACUGGCAGCUGCCCGUCUGAGUUUUAACGGCGUGCGGCAGGUUCCUACUUCGGCAGAGGCUGUACGCAAUCCUAUUAUUGUGGUCUGCCGCCGUCGAGGCAGGCCUCCAAAGAACCGCGUUGGUCCCCCUGUGUCCGCUGUGCUAGAGGAGAUCAGGAGACGGAAACGUGAAGCGUCUAUUCUGGUUGAAGAGGUUCAAAGUGGAAAAAAAUCUGUGGAAUUGAGCAGGACACGAGCCGGGCACAGCCCGGGGAUGGCGAGCGACGUAGCAGAUAGCCCCAUGCCAGUGAAGCGAGGCAGAGGAAGGCCUCCGAAGAAGAAGAAGAAGUCCGCACACCCGUGGGGUGUAGUUGCACGAGAAGGAAAAAGUCUGUCUAACUCCAACGAGGACAGCCCGGUCAGAGUGUCUUCACGUUUUAAAAGCCCCGAUAAGAACACCUUAACCGGCGAUAUGAACACAUCACGGCCGUUAACGCGAGGCGCUUUAGGGAAGGACUUCCCCAGUGCCAAGAAACGUUCCUGGAUCGAUUUGGAGAAGGAUCUGGAACCGGAGAUCGAAUUUGAAUAGUCCCCCACAUCUUCCUGCCGGUACAAAAGCCAGUGCACUGGGAUAUUUGACCUCAGUCUCACACUGAAACCUCACGCCUCUCUGAGGCAGCUGCCUGUCCCACCAUCACCAUCAUUAAAUGUGAACAAGUGACAUCGGCCAUUGAGAGCCUCACCAAAUGUGCCUGUGGAUGAAAUCCAAAUGACCAGAGAUCAACACUCCAUGCUGCUCUUUUCUGGCAGCACGCAACUCAGUUUUUCACACUGUAGUUUUCUGGUACAAAGAAGAGAGAAGAAGCAUUAAGUGACCCGCUGAAUGUAUGAAUGAAAUAAUUCAGUUUUGAUGUGUCCUGUGGUAAAGUGUCACCUACAGUCAAAUUCCUUCCUUAGGGUAGUAAGAUUGAUUAAAAUGUUUUUGUUGAAGUGGUUUAUUAAUAAUCUGUUGUAUGAGAAUAAGAGAAAACAGAUUACAUGAAUUCAAUGUUUAGCCUCAUAGUGUAAGUAAAAUGUCACACUGCGUCAUUCACUGAGCUGUAAAUGUUAAUGUCUUUGGUAUUUUUGUUAGGAGCUAGUCCGAUGCUUAAUUCUGCAUUAGAAUUCCUUCUUUGUCCCCAACUCAGUGAAAAUCAUCUUUAGGAGCACUUUAUGGUUGUUUAAGUGUCUGGUUCACUUUUGUAACACAACGUAGUGCAAAUACAAAAACAACUCUGACGUGUCACAAGCAAUAUAGACAAAAGCUAUUUAGCCACGUAUUGUAACUAUAGAGAAAAUAACCUGUAAAUACUGUAUUUCUUUUUUUUUUAAAUUGCAAUAUAUAUCUUUGGAAGAAUGAUUUUUGAAACACUGGUUGUCCUGUUAACUCCUGACUUCUACGUUGAAAAUGUGAAAAAUCAUGUGGCCUUUAAAAUCAAUAAAAUGUUUGUGCAUUUAUCACAUCACCCUUCA